UUCAAAGGCUGCCAGUAGUCUGAGAUAGAACUAAGGACAUUAAGACGAUGAAGAGAUUUGGCGUUUUAGCUUGCAAUGACCUCGAACAAUGGGGACGCAGCGAAGGAGCCAUAAAAAGACACAUUGACUAUUACAAAACAAAUGAUGAAGACGAGUGGGUUGGCUUUCACGCGUGCAGAGGGCAAGUGCCGAGGUUAGAAGAYAAUCCAMAAUUCGACGGAUUCUUAAUCACUGGCAGUAGUAAAUCUGUKAACGAUAACGAAGAAUGGAUUCGAAGCCUAGAGGAUUUUAUCCGAACUACUGCAGCACUGGAAAGAAAUCGGCCAAAAAUAGUUGGCCUGUGUUUCGGCCACCAGCUCAUCGCCAAGGCUCUAGGAGGAAAGGUUGGCGCCAAUCCAGAUAAUAACUUCGUGCUCCAAAUUGAAGAGCUUAUGCCAACAAACGAGGCAGCUGAAAAUAAAUCCACUGCAGAUUUGUUUAAUAAUGGCUCUCUUCGAAUUGCUCAAUUACAUGGAGAAUGCGUCACCGAGCUACCAGAGGAAGCCAUCCCAAUAGCUACMUCAGCMUCAUGUCAAUAUGAGAUAAUCCAGUUUAAUGAUGAUAUUAUAGGGAUUCAAUCUCAUCCAAAUGUUGAUCCUGAAUGGGCUGGAGCUAUAGCCUUACCCGAAGUCUCMAAAGCUUUUAAUUGGAACGACGAAAAAAUCCAGAAAACAAAGGAAAACCUCAAAACGAAAUUUGAUCACGACGACUUGAACGAUUUUAUCGUGGAUUUCCUGAAUGGAAAUGAGAAAUGAACUAUGAAAUGAAAUAAGAAAUUAAUGUGCAGAUUUCACGUACAAGCUSUGUUCACAUACCCUGGGUACCAGAGGUUGAAAUUUAUACUUUCUCAUAGUUUGUGCAUUGCGCCAAGUGCUGUUGAAAGCGGUAUAUCGCACCCAGCGGUACCCAGGCUAUCGUUCACACGGACGCUUUUUCAAAGCGUUUUCGUAUUAGAGAAUAUAAUAUAUAUCGGAGAAUAAUACAAAAACGGCUUGAAACAGCAAUACUAUGAGCAAGGUCUAAGGGGAAAUGGUUUAAUGACAGUUACAAUUAGCAAUUGAUAUGACAGUCUGAAGCGUGCACAGUGAAGUACCUUUUCAAACUGUGAAUCACCUUAUACUAAUAUUUUUUUUCACCCCCCGAGUGGGGAGGGUUUCACUAGCUGUUAACCAGCCUUAUUUUAAUCCAAAUAUUUUGCGGGUGACGAAUAUUUAUAGAUGUUUUAACUUAAUAAUUACAAUGCUAGUCUCAGCCGGAUACAUUGAAAAACGGGGAAGACUUUAGCAAAGCGCACUAUUUAAAAAUCGAUUUUUUCGAUGAAACAAUGAUAAGAAUUUUUUGGUGAGAUCUUAAACCGAAAGGGCUCAUGGGAAAUACAUUAGAUGCCUGGAUCACAUGACUUCUUCAAUUACAGCAGUCUGUAAGAGAGAGGUCUUUAAUCGAAUUAAGAUACCGAAGUCACAAUUCCUUUGUUGAUAUAUAUCAAGGUUUGCUUUACAGCUAAGCCCGCAAGGCAUCAUGGAAUCGACGCGAAAGAAAUCCAUGAUUCUUUGCAGGCCUCAAGAUAUGAGGUUUACACUACGUGCUAUUAAACUAGCAGCUGUACAGAAAUACUGAUGUAGUUUCCAAUGAGCUUUCCAAUGUGCUUUUUCGUUGUCACAAGAGAAUAAUUAUCAUAUCAGAAUAUAGAUAUGAUCGAAGACUGUUUCAAUUGAAACUCAAAUAAUUUUAGAUUAUUUUAAUCUUUAUUUUUCAUUCUGAUACUGAUGACUGACAAUCAUAACAAUUGAGUAAUAAUAUAUACAAAAAUAUGGUUUUGAAUUUACUUCUAUUUGUAGAUAAAUAAACGUUAGUGCUUUACACGUGUA